ACUGGUAACAAUGAUAAAGUGCAUCCUGAUAAUAACGAUAAAAUAUAUUCUGUUAACCAUGAUGAAACACAGCCUAGUAGCAAUAACGAAGUGAAUCCUAAUAGCAAUGAUGUAGUGUAUCAUAUUAGCAAUAAUAAAGUACGAUCUAAUAUUAGAAGCAUAAAUAAUUUAAGCUUGAGCAAUGAUAGCAGUAAUGAAAUAUUAUUCAAUAAGCAUAAUAAUGAUAUAAGUAGUUCAAAUAGCAAUAAACCUUUACUUAAUUCUGAAG